GCUGUCGAUCUUUUAGGAAAACAAAUUGAUACUUGAUCAACAUAAUCAUUUUGCUUUAAUACCAUAAAGUUCAAGUAUUUACAUAUAAGUGACAAAAGUGUUUCUUCUUUCACUUCCCCCCGUCGGUUCGUCCCGUUCCGGCUCGCGCGGCGCCCUGUCCUGCUCCUGUCCCGUCGUCGCCCCCUCGCCUUGUCGCCCCCCACUCCCGCCUCCUCAAGCCCCAGCCUUGGCUCCCCAGGCGGUUUUCUCGGUUCGUCCUCCGGUCGAGCGCGUGAUUAUCCCGCGUUCCCCGGCGGUCCAAGACGCGGAAGAUGGUCUUCGCUGGAGUUUGGUGGUCUCCCUGUCUGGCGAGAGAAGGCGCGUCCCGGCAUCGGAGGUCAGAGGAGUGAUCAGUCGGCUCUGCCCGGCAGUGGCAGAUCACUUCUCCCUCCGGCCGUUUUGGCCUGCAGAAUUCCUCUGCAUCCUCGAUUCCCGUGCUGCGCGCGAUGCUCUUCUCGCCGCAGCUCCGCUGGAGGGCUGCAGUUUCUCCCUGCGGUUCAGGGUCUGGAACAGGCAGUUAUAGGCCAAGCUCCGCCACCUCCGCUUUCGCGUGCACCUGGAGAUGGACGGUAUCCCGCCCCAUGCUUGGGAUCGUUCCACGGCGACCGCUAUCCUCGGCCCUGCCUGCUGGAUCGAGCGCCUUGGCACUGAGACGGCCAGGAAGGAAGAUCUCGGUUGAUUCUCGGUCAUUGCUUGGACAGACGACCCUGGUCUGUUCGCCAAGGAGAAGGUUCUGGGUGUCCCUGAGCCCCUCCCUCCGAUGGACCCGGAGGUGGACCCUGCCCUUUGUCUGUCUCCCGAGGAUCUCAUCCCAGAGGAGGUGCAGAUCCUAGACUAUCCGGUGUUCAUUCACGUUCUCCGGGUGGAGGAUCAGGAUGAGUGGACCGAUCGUUCUACGGGCCGAGGCGACUCUUCCUCGGCGAUAGCAACGAUGUCAACAUGGAUCCCGGCAGUGGUCCGUCCAGACGGAAGCCCCGGAGCCGCUCGUUUGCCUGCCGUAGGGGAGUCGUGGACGACGACUCGCUCCAAGGUCCCUGGCCUUCUUCUUCUCGCGGAGGGGGCCCCUCGUUGCUCGGGGCGGUGUGGGUUCGCCGUCGUGUCCGCCGUCGCCCGUCCCUCCCCGAGAGAGGGUCCCUUUUUCGGUUUCGGCGGGGCCCUCGCUGACGCCCAAAGAUAUGGUCUUGCCUGAUCCCGAGGUCAGUCUGUCGGUCCAAAGUGCCGAUCCUCCGCUGCUUUACGUUUUGCCGUCUCUCGGCGAGGCGCCAGAACGGUCGGGAGAUUCCGUGGACCCGAUGAGGUAGGAGGCUAUGCUUUCCCAGUUGUGCUCGUCCCCCUCUUCUUUUGUCUCAGCCGUUACUGGGCCGGUCAGCGGGCCGUUGGUGGUCUACCAGAGGCGAGCGGCCCAGUCCCCUCUCAACUCAGACUUUGGGCUGGCCGACGGCUUCGGGACGCCAGCGUCCGCUUGUUCCCCCAUCGUCGCGGCGCAGCCCUCCUUUUCGGGCCCAGAGAUGGACAUGUUCUGCGUUAGCAUCUCUCCGGGCGCAAGCUCCCUCUCGGCGAUGGCUGAGCCGUUCACGCCAUCACGUCCCUCCCCCCAAGUCUCCCCCACGGUGGAAUCUUUUAGAGCACAGCUCCGAGCGAAGACUUCCAGAAUUCUUCCUCUUCCUAAAGUGGUCCGUGCUCGCAAGGGCAGCGGAAGCCCAUUGCGUCGCAGUCAGCGCAUCGCCCUGCGGCAAAGGCCAGGCGCUUCCAUCAAGCGGCAGCAGAAAAUCCUCAUCUCCAAACUCGGCAUUGAAGGGAGUGAUGGGAUCGACCACAACCAGGGCCAGGAAGGAGAAGAACAGUACCCCGACAACGAAGAUUGUGUGGAGUGUAAUCAUUGUUGUUGCGAAGAGUGCGAGAACUACCACAACCUUGGACAAGAGUACUAUGAAGAGGAAGAUGUUGACGGUGACUACUACGGUGAACUUGAGGAGUGAGGCCUCGUGUGCUACAUCGACUGCCUGUGGCUGAGAUGGAGGCACCACACGUCGUUUAUGUUUUCCGCUGCUAAUUCAGACUUGUAAUAAUUAUGCCCCCAAGACAUUGCUUUAUGUAAGCCGAAGGGCAUUUUACUAUUCAAACUUUAUAUUAACUUUUGAA